UAGAGAUCUUAGUUGUCCUUGCAGUGCUCCGGUUCCUGAGGCUGUUGGUGUCUCCGCGCUCCUCAGAGGCGCUCCCUGCCACCAUGUUUGUCCUGGUAGAGAUGACUGAUACAGUAAGAAUUCCUCCCUGGCAGUUUGAAAGGAAACUGAAUGAAUCCAUUGCUGAAGAGCUAAACAAGAAAUUGGCCAAUAAGGUUGUGUACAAUGUUGGCCUCUGCAUCUGUCUGUAUGACAUCACAAAGCUGGAAGAUUCAUACAUAUUCCCUGGAGAUGGUGCCUCACAUACCAAAGUGCAUUUCCGCUACGUGGUCUUCCAUCCCUUCCUGGACGAGAUUCUGGUUGGACAGAUUAAGAGCUGCAGUCAGGAUGGUGUUCACGUUUCUAUUGGAUUCUUUGAUGAUAUUGUCAUCCCACCAGAAUCCCUGCAGCAGCCAGCUAAGUUUGAUGAAGCAGAGCAGGUGUGGGUGUGGGAAUAUGAGACAGAAGAAGGGGCCCACGACCUUUACAUGGACAUUGGGGAGGAGAUCCGCUUCCGAGUGGUGGAUGAAACGUUCGUUGAUACGUCACCCACGGGUCCAAGCUCUGCAGAAGCUUCCACUUCAACUGCCACAGAGGAAGUCCAGAAGAAAGAGGCACCCUACACUCUUGUGGGAUCCAUCAGUGAGCCAGGCCUGGGCCUCCUGUCAUGGUGGACAAACAGUUAGCUGCACUCCGAGCCUGCUCCACAGAACUCUUUCCGGUGGGUGUUUGGGGGAAUAAAGGGAUCCUGCUGGUGCUCAUUGCUGCUCUGGAGCUGAAUGAGAAACCAGACCUGCCACUUGCUGUUGUUCCUUCAGCUUCCAACCUGCCAGGCUGCCACAGUCGCUUUCAAGAAACGUCUUCACUCUUCUGUAGAAAUGAAUCUACAGACACAAAAACCCUUGAGCACAGCAGCAACAAACCCAGCUGGAGCUUUGGGCUCCUGCCCUGGAGGGAAAACUCUGGGGGAGGUCUUCACUUGCCUGAAUUAAGAAGGGAGUUGAUUUGAGUGAAAGGAGGAGAGAAUGCCUGUCAAGACACAUUGCUUCCUUGGGCCGAGAGCUUGAUCUCACAGGGGUAGAAACCCACCCCUCUUUUGAUGGGAAAUGGAGAAGAAACAGCAAAGGACUAGAGCACCUAGAGGUGUGGUACUCUGGACACCUGGAAAAUGCUGCUGCUGGGAGGGUGGGGAAGGUGGUGGUAAUGAUCUUCCAA